AUGUUUAUGUUUUCAGCCGGCGCUGCACUUUUUUGCUCCGCGCUCGCGCAGUACCUCACCACGCGGGACGUUGAACUUGCAUCUGAGAUUCUCUGCUGGGUCAUCUUGCCCGCGCUCAUUCAGCUAAAGAACCGCUAUGGGACUACUGGAACCACGAGCAACACGCUCCUCGUCAAAACCCCUAGCGCCGUAGCCUCGACGAGGGCCUGGUUGUUUGCCCUGGGACUAGCAGCCGCUUGCUGGUACCGCGCCGAGGAACAUAUUGUCGUCCUCUUUCCGGGGUUAACGCCCAUACUUCUUCUCUCCGGUGUCGUUCCCGCCGCCUCCCUCAUGACCGACUCCAAACUCUUCUGGCCGCCGGUGACGGCUCCAUGGAGUUCAGGUCUCAUCGCCGUCCUUUCUUGUCUCGUCCUAGUGAGCUCCAGCGGCACUAGGCUCCCGUCCCUGGCCGUAUGCGUUGUUGUGGUUGCUCUCCUUUAUGGAGGCUACCUCUCCAUUUCCAGGCCCGCGGUCGUUGUGGAUCGCGAUGCUGGAGACCAUGGCGGCCAGGAGGGACCUGACGAUGCGGCAGAGGGCGCUCAAGUAGAAGACGUGGCAAUGCCGUUGGCGUUCCGCAUCCUGCCACUCUUGACCGUUGUGGCGUGCGCGCGGAUGUUGACUUCCAAGGAGUUGAAGGUGGCUCUUGUCAAGACGGUCGUGGCUGGAUUCGCCAAAGCCCUGAAUUGGUUUUUUACCUUGAAGACUAUUCGACAAUCAUCAUGGUGCUCUGCCAGCACCAUAGGCACCUUCGCUAUCACUUCGGCCCGCACACCCUCAUUAGGAGACCGGUCGUUCUACCUGCACGCCGCAUCCAACCUCGUCGCCUCUCUCCUCGCCCUCGGCCAAACCAUCCACAUGAUUCCAAAGGGUGCUGGGCCAAGGUCACGACUAUGGGUGCUGGGUGUCCUCCCCCUGAAGCCCUUGCUCGAAAAUACAUUAUACCAAUACCCCGUCGAAGUCCUUACUCGCACUGCCGAGGCAAAGUUUGACGCCAUGUUGGCGCGGCAAUCUCGCACCUACUCCGCUGCCGUGUUGGAGUACCGGCGGCGAUACAACAUGGAGCCGCCCCCUGGUUUUGAAGCGUGGUACAGCUACGCGGUGGCUCGUGCGUCGCCGAUCAUUGACGAGUUUGACAUGAUACACGAGGCCAUCGCACCGUUUUGGAAGAUGAGCGGGAAGAAGGUCCGGGAGGCCAUGGGGGAAGCCAGUGGUGCGGCUGGCGCAGACUUGUGGCGGUGUAUGUUCAAAGGUCAAACAGGGGAGACAAGCUGCAACCACCCGCACCGGGGUGGUACCCAUAUACAGGAGACGUUUGGGAGGUGGCUUGGGGGGUUGGCGGGAAAACUUCCGGAUGUGGAGUUCCUGGUCAACCACCUUGACGAGCCCCGGGUGCUACUCCCGGGGCCAGAGACGGCGAAUGACCAAUCGAUUCGACUGACGAACAUAGCUCGAAGACCCAUCUGGGAUACGCUGACCAGAAGCUGCUCCCGAGAAGUCAGUAGCGCGAGCUCAGGGAUACAGGGGGCGAGCGUUGACAUCAACACGCACGACCUCUGCCAACACCCCGAGUACAGAGACAUGCACGGUAUGGCGAUGAGCCCCUGCUCGUUUAUUCUGGUGGACGGACCGGUGCCGGUGCUAACGACUGGAACGCUGACAACCGGGGGCGACGUGCUGUUCCCAAGUCCAGUGUACGGGGAGUACGGGGACGAGGGGUUUGUGUACAACGAUACGCGGGACGUGGAGUGGGGCCAGAAGCGAAACAAUUUGUAUUGGGCUGGGUCCAGCACGGGGGCAUACGCCGGUGACGAUGGAUGGAACAGGUAUCACCGGCAUAGGUUCGUCGCGUUGGCGCAGGGCCUGGAGUCAGGGAGGGAACACUGGUACCUCCGUCGUGGGCGAGACGGCCUCUUCCACCGGGUUGCCUCGUCCUCUCUCAACCGCGACCUCUUCGACGUGGCAUUUACCGCCAUCAUUCAAUGCCGCCACGACUUGUGCGAGUCUCAGCGUGAAUAUUUCGAUGUGCGGCUCAGGGCGGAUAAGGAUGUGGCCCUAGGGUCGAAGCUAGUAUUCGACAUAGAUGGCAACGGCAUCAGCGGGCGUUUCGUCAAACUGCUGACGUCCCACUCUGCCGUUUUGAAGCAGACGAUGCUUCGCGAGUGGCAUGACGAGAGGCUCGCCGCGUGGGUGCAUUACCUGCCCGUGAGCCAGGGUUUAGGUGAGCUCCCGGAACUGGUGAGUUGGCUGAGAGGAACGGAAGAAGGGAGAAGAAGAGCGAGGUUAGUGGCGGAACGGGGGAGGGAGUGGGCCAUGAGGGCAAUGAGGCAUGAGGAUAGGGGGCUGUAUGUGUAUAGGCUGAUGUUGGAGCUGGCAAGGAUACAGGACCCAGAAAGACAAGCCACGUGA